AUGAAGUUCUUGUUGCUUUGAAGUAGAGCUUUUAGUCAAUGCAAUUAAUUUCCUUUUAUUUUGAAAAUGUUGUGCUUGCAGCAUGUUUGAACAGCUCAGUUUGAACUUGGCAGUGGCCUAACGAUGGCUACGUUAGAUAAAGAUGAACCAGAUGAUUGUUCACCAGAGCACCAUGAUCUGAUCUGAAGUCCAUGUUUGGAGUUUUGGAAAUUAAAAAUCUGACUGAACAACUUUCACUUGUACUGGAGUAAUAUUUGACCAGGAGUAUCUAUACUUUGACUCAAGUAAUGAAGUCGUAUAUUUUGUCCACCUCUGGCACUGACUUUGAUUGACAGCAUGAUGGUCGUGAAACGUGACACUACUGGGUGUGUGUUAUUUGCACAGAGCACAAGCACUAAACGAUAAUACUGACUGCACUGGCUUUAACCUUGGACUCUCUCCAGGAGCAUUAGUACUGUGCAUUCAGCAAGCACUGAACAUUUCCUCUAUCUGGUCAGUCUUUACAUGACUUUGUGUUGGUUCCUCUCCUGUUAGGCCACAUUCAGUCUGGAGCUGGUGGCCUUCCUGGCGUCCAACCUCCAUGUCCCUUUUGAAGACGACAGAGUCCAAGAUUCUCGCCUGUAUUCAGAAUGAUCUAUGGGCCAGGUUUGUGACCUUACCAAACCAGGAUCGAAUAUGGACUUUGACCCUCACCAACAAGGUGUUUCACAAACCUGCAGCCGCUAAGACUCCCCUGGUGAUGGUCCAUGGGUUUGGAGGAGGGGUAGGGCUGUGGAUCAGGAACCUGGACGCGCUUAGCCGAUCACGGCCUGUCUACGCCUUCGACCUCCUGGGAUUUGGCAGGAGCUCCAGGCCUCCCUUCCCUUCAGAUUCUGCCAAGGCAGAGGAGCAGUUUGUCAACUCCAUUGAAGAGUGGAGACAGUCUGUAGGCCUGGAGAACAUGAUCCUGCUGGGGCACAGUCUCGGGGGGUAUCUGGCGACCUCAUAUGCCAUCCAGCACCCUUCCAGAGUGUCUCAUCUUAUCCUGGUAGACCCCUGGGGUUUCCCUGAGCGACCACAGACACAGACCGAGGAGAAUCGUGAUCAGGGGACAGAGGUGGUGAAGAGGCCGUCCCCCCCACGCUGGGUGAAAGUUAUUGCAACAGUGGUUUCCUUCUUCAACCCACUGGCUGUCAUUAGAGCAGCAGGCCCAUGGGGCCCGGGCUUGGUGAACAGAUUCCGCCCCGAUUUCAAAAGGAAAUUUGAAGAUCUGUUUGAUGACGACACCAUGACGCAGUACAUCUACCACUGUAACGCCCAAACCCCGAGUGGUGAGGUGGGUUUCCGUGCCAUGUCAGAGUCUCUUGGCUGGGCGAAGAGGCCCAUGCUGCAGCGGGUUCACCUUCUGCCGCCCUCCAUGCCCCUCACCAUGCUGUAUGGAAAGUGGUCCUGGGUGGACAACUCAUCUGGGUACAAAGUGGUCCAGAUCAGGGACCAAGCCCACACCAGAGUGCUGCUGAUAAAUGAAGCGUCUCACCACGUGUAUGCUGAUCAACCCGAGGAAUUCAACAAAGUGGUCGAAAACAUAUGUAACUCUGUUAACUGACUGUGUGUGUGCGUGUGAGUGUGUGUGUAUGUGUGCGUGCCCGUGCAAGGGCUGAAAGUAUAGAGACAGUUCAUCAUGGUGGUUUUAGCAGUGCACGUGAGGCAUGAUGGAUGGUUUUGCUUUGGGGCAAAUUGAUAAAUGAUGUAGCUCUACAUACGUGAGCUUGAAUUCUAUUCUCAUUGUACCGACUUAUUAAUAUCAUUGUGAUAAAAUCCUUUGUCGAUAUAUGUAAGCCAGUGUAUUUAAUAGUAGUAUGCUACAUUUAUUUAUAACAUAUGAUUGAAUUUAUUUGUGAAUUUAAAGUGUGUUCAUACAGAGCCUUGAUUGAAAUGCUUAAUCCAGUGCUGUAUCCUGCACUGGGUUUAUGUGUUACAGAGCAACCACUUCACACUUUUUACAUGUGCCUGACAUCAACCAUUUAAGUACUGUAUGUCAUAUUUUCUUUGACUGCUGUUUUUCCACUUAUACCUCUCCUACUGUGUCAAACAGCUAUUUGUAUUUUAUACCUUUUAAGAUAAUAAAUGCUCAUUUGUCAAA